AGACACUACUACUACUACGUAUAUGUUAGGAAUCCAUAUUAUCAUUCCAAAAACGAAUCAAAAUUUGAUUCAGAAUCAUCAUCAAUCAAUCAAUAAAUCUUCUCUGUUCAAUUCAUUUGAUUCGGUGAGGAAAAAACAAAAAGAAAGAAAGAAAUGAAUUCGGAAAAUUUGCUAGUUUCAGCGGCCAUUAACAUAGGCCUAGCCAUGUUCAUACUUACUCUGUUCUCUAUACUGAAAAAACAGCCUUCAAAUGCACCAAUUUAUUAUGCACGUCGGAUUUCCCUCAACCACAACAUCCCUUUUGCACAGGGUAUCACUCUGCGCAGAAUUCUCCCUUCAUUUGAUUGGGUUCGCACCGCUUUUCAUGUUUCUGAGGAUGACAUACUUCAGCAAUGUGGCCUUGAUGUGCUCGUCUUCAUUAGACUGCUUAAAUUCGGGAUCAAUUUCUUUACAGUGUCCAGCAUUGUUGCCUUAUCGAUUUUGCUUCCACUUAAUUACACUGGCAAUGAAACAACAGAAAGUUCGCCCUCUCAUUCAUUGUAUCCGUUUACAAUAUCUAACGUUAGAGAAGGUUCUAAUCGGCUCUGGGUGCAUUUUUCAUGCUUAUCUUUUGUUUCUUGCUACGGAUUAUACCUAUUGUACAAGGAAUAUCAUGACAUCUGGUUGAGAAGGACUAAGAAGCUACAUGACCUAAGGCAUCGCCCAGAUCAAUUUAGCAUCCUAGUUCGCCAGAUCCCGUUUUGCAAUGAGCACAAGGCUUAUGCUUGCUGUUUGGAUGCCUUCUUCUCUAAACUCUAUCCUUUUUCUUAUCAGUCUAACCAAAUUCUCUAUGAUUGUAAGGAACUUGAGAAAUUGUUGGUCCAGGCUGAAUCCCUAAAGAAAAGGAUCAAUAAUUCAAGUGAGGAUUCAGAGGCCCACAUGUAUGGGAGGAAAUCCCAUUCAUUAAGCACAUUGAGGGAUAAUCCAAAAGUACGAAAGCUUGAGGAAAUGCUUCAGGACACACUUCACAAAAUAUGCUAUUUAAAGAGUGAUAAUAUGCGUAUGAAAAAGGAGUUGCCAGUUGCUUUCAUCACGUUCAGGUCACGGUUGGGUGCAGCGUUAGCCGCACAGUCACAACAGAACCCUAAUCCAUUGUUGUGGAUUACAUCACCUGCUCCGGAACCAGGGGAUGUACUAUGGAGUAACUUGGCCAUUCGUUAUAGACUUCUGCCACUUUAUGAGAUCAUUGUCUUUUUGGCGGCAUCACUUCUUACAGUGUUCUUCGCCAUUCCAGUCACAGCUGUUCAAGGAAUUGCAAAAUUUGAAAAACUAAGAAAAUGGUUCCCACCUGCUAUGGCUUUGCAGUUAAUACCAGGAUUGAGGUCCUUAGUGACAGGGUAUCUGCCGAGUGUUAUUCUGAGUUUGUCUAUGUAUGUCGUUCCCUUCUGCAUGAUUGGUAUUGCUCAGUUGGCGGGUUUCGUGUCAAGAAGUGAAAAAGAUAUAAGAGCCUGCAAUAUGGUCUUCUAUUUUCUUGUAGGCAAUGUAUUCUUCUUAAGCUUGUUAUCGGGAUCCUUACUUGAUCAAAUCGGGGAGUAUUUUUCCCAUCCUAAAGAAAUCCCUAAUCGGCUUGCAACUGCGGUCUCUGCACAAGCAGACUUCUUUAUGACUUAUAUUUUGACAAAUGGGCUGUCUGGAUUUUCUGUGGAGGCUCUCCAACCUGGAUUGUUCACUUGGGAUUUGAUUAAAUCUCACACAUGGCAACGUGGAAAGCAUGAAAAUGCAUAUCUCUACUCUCUACCUUAUUACCGAACUAUUCCCUUCAUUUCUGUUUGUUUGCUGAUUGGCAUGGUAUAUGCAGUAGUCUCUCCCUUGCUUCUCCCGUUUCUCGUUGGGUACUUCCUAUUAGGAUACCUUGUUUUUGUUAAUCAGAUACAAGAUGUUUAUAUUACUUCUUAUGAGACAUGUGGUCAGUACUGGCCAUGCAUUCAUAACUAUAUUGUUGUUGCCAUCGUGCUUAUGCAAAUAACGAUGGUUGGUCUUUUUGGACUAAAGUCGAAGCCCUCAGCCUCCAUCUCGACCAUUCUUCUGCUUAUUCUCACUAUUAUUUUCAAUGAAUAUUGCAAAAGGCGAUUUUCUCCAACGUUUCACAACUAUCCUGUGGAGGAAGCAAAGAAGAACGAUGAAUUUGAUGAGCACCAUGGUUUAGCAAAUGAACACUGGCCGUUGGCAGCCAAUGCUUAUUGUCCUCCUUGCUUAAGGCCGCCGGGUUUUGAAGUUGAAAAUACAGGCGUGAUGGAGCCAUUAAUAUAUUCAACCUAAAGAUUUUGUGAGACUUUUUCUUUUCCCCCUUUAAAAGAAAGAAAGAUGAUAGCUUAGGUAUAACAUUUCUUAUACGAUGGCACCGUAUAUUGUACAUGUAGAGCCUACAUUUUGAGGAUUUUUGAUACAGAAAGGAAAUGCAGCUGGUGUGCCAAAUGCAAAUUGUGCUAACAUAUGUGCUACAUAGACUCUGUUUUGUCAAUUAGACGUUUUAAGAAAUUUGCGUUGGAUAUUAAAUUGAUAAUAGCAAAUAAUUUGAGAUCUUGUUAUUAAAACCUUCAGAGGUAUGUAUCUUCACA